AUGGACCCCAUCAUGGACCGCAUCAUGGACCGCCUACGCCGCGUCUUCAGCCUCGUGCACGACGUGCCCGAGCAGCAGUACCAACCACUCCAGCACGGCUCGGAGAAUGUCCACGGCGAACCGCCAGAAGAGCCCGAGGGCCAGCGCUUCUCCUGGACCGACUACUCCGUGUUCCUGCUGCUGGGCGUGGCCAUGCUGUGGGCAUGGAACAUGUUCCUCGCAGCAGCUCCGUACUUCGACCGUCGCUUUGAGUCGAGCCCCGACCUGAAGCGCAACUUCCAGUCCGGCAUCCUCUCCGUAUCCACCGUUGGCAAUCUCGGCUCCAUGAUCGUCUUGACCAAGUUACAAGCUCACGCAAACUACCCAAAACGCAUCACUGCAUCGCUCGCCCUGAACGCCCUAGUCUUCACUCUCCUUGCCCUGUCCACUAAGAUGUUUCUCUCCAUAUCCGCAGCCGCAUACUUCGCCUUCCUCAUGCUCAUGGUUCUCAGUGCAAGUCUGGCCACGGGGCUAUGCCAGAACGGCGUUUUCGCCUUCGUCGCCGGCUUUGGACGAGAAGAGUACACACAGGGUAUCAUGGCAGGCCAGGGCAUCGCCGGCGUCUUGCCCGCCGUCACGCAAAUCAUCUCCGUCCUGUCCGUGCCGGAGAAGAAGAAACAGCUUCACGGUGCACCCCAGGAAUCCAGCACCUCUGCUUUCUCCUACUUCUUAACCGCCACGGCAGUGUGCGUCUUGACCAUUGUAGCUUUCUUCUACCUCCUCUCUCGGGUAAGUUCAAAGCAACGACUCCAACAAACACAUCUCGAAGAGUCCACCGAUCUCUCAGCAUCAACUCAAAGUCUGCGUAAAAGCAUCCCCUUGCGACGUUUAUUCGGGAAGCUCUUUUGGCUCGCAGGCGCAGUCUUCACCACCUUUGCAGUGACCAUGUUCUUCCCCGUCUUUACCAGUAAAAUCACCAGCGUUCGGGACCCAGCAACCGCGCCUCGUAUCUUCCGUCCUGCCGCUUAUAUCCCCCUGGGUUUCUUCUUCUGGAACCUCGGGGACUUGAUUGGCCGCACUGGUCCAGCGCUACCUGCGUUGCGACUGACGCAUCGGCCACGCUUGCUCUUCUUCUUGGCUAUUGCACGUCUGGCUUUCAUACCCCUGUACUUUCUCUGCAACAUUGGUGGCAAAGGAGCAUCCAUCACUUCAGAUUUCUUCUACCUUUUUGUCAUACAGUUGUUCUUUGGUCUGACUAAUGGCUACUUGGGAAGUAGUUGCAUGAUGGGCUUCGCUGAAUAUGUUGAGCACGAGGAACUCGAAGCUGCUGGUAGUUUCAUGUCGCUUAGUCUUGUAGGAGGACUGGCAGCGGGCAGCUUUUUGAGCUUCGCUGCUGCUCAGGCAAUUUAG